AUGGAGACUCCUCUUGAGAAGGCCUUGACCACCAUGGUCACCACUUUCCACAAAUAUUCGGGGAGAGAGGGCAGCAAACUGACCCUGAGUAGGAAGGAACUGAAGGAGCUGAUUAAGGAGGAGCUGUGUCUUGGGGAGAUGCAGGAGAGCAGCAUUGAUGACCUGAUGAAGAACCUGGACAAAAACAGUGACCGGGAGAUCGACUUCAAGGAGUACUCGGUGUUCCUGACCACGCUGUGUAUGGCCUACAAUGACUUCUUCCUGGAGGACAACAAAUGACUGGGUUUCCUGUGCCCUCACCAUCACUGCACGUCCCCAGCCUCUGCAGCUCUGCUCACAGACCCUCUUUAGACCCCAAUCCUCUUCUCCCUCCCUGAUGAACUCUGCUCCAGCCUCCCCUUCCAGCAGAGG